AUGUUGGGUUUGGCUUUGGGAGUUGGAAGGGAGCUUGGUUCCUCCAUGUGGAUGGUCCUUUUGUGCAGCCUUGGUGCUCUUGUGGCCCUCAAAUGGUUUCUGCAGAAUGCAAAUUCCUGGUACUAUGAAACCCCGCUGGGUGAAAAGAAGUUCUCUCUCCCUCCUGGUGACUUGGGCUGGCCUUUCAUUGGCAACAUGUGGUCUUUUCUAAGAGCUUUCAAGUCCUCCAAACCUGAAGCCUUCCUCAACUCCAUGGUUUCCAGGUUUGGUCGUACUGGAAUCUACAAAACCUUCAUGUUUGGGAGCCCAAGUAUCAUCGUUACAACGCCUGAAGCAAGUAAAAAAGUUUUGACAGAUGAUGAUGCAUUUAAACCCGGGUGGCCUGUUUCCACAGAGGAACUAAUUGGAAAGAACUCAUUCACUAGUAUAUCUUUUGAAGAACACAAACGUCUACGAAAGCUAACAGCAGCUCCAGUCAAUGGUUAUGAAGCAUUGUCCGUGUACACAACGUAUAUCGAAGAGAGGGUCAUAUCAUCUUUGGAGAAAUGGUCCAAAUGGGAGAAAUAG